AUGGAUUCUCCAUUUCGAUCAACAUUUAAUAUUCGUAAUCGUUUGAUCAAAAUUGAUUGUCCAUUUAAACUUUAUACAAACCUUACGUCGAAUGAAUUAUAUUCAAAUCUAUCAUAUCGAAUGAAUCCAAUGAAUCGUUAUCGAAAUAUUUUCAAUCAAUGGUUAACAGAAUUAUCGUUGACAACGGAUAAAAGAUUUCGAUUGAUAAUUGUUUUGACUGAUUCGUUGGGAACAAUUACAAAUACUAUACAUUUACGACCAAUUUGGUAUGGUUGUCAACAAUUUGACGGGGUUUUUUUACCUGAAUAUUCUGAUGAUUUUAAAAAAUUAAAUCAAUCAUUAUGGAAAUGUAAUCUUAACCAAACAAUGUUGACUAUUUCGAUUAAUAAUUUUACACCACUUUCCGAUCUUGCAAUGUGUGGCGUAUCAUUGAAUGAAGAUCGAUCAAAAGUCGUAGAAUUUACAUAUUUUACAGUGAUUGAUGAAUUAACAUUUAUAACAACAUUUCCAAUGGAUUCUGAAAUACAAAAAUGGAUUUUUCUUCAACCAUUUCAAACACCAGUUUGGCUGGCAAUCGUGUUUUCAUUUGUAAUCAUUUUAUUAUUGAUUUUUUCAAUUUCAAAAUUAUCAAUUAUCGAUCAAUCAAAACAACAAUCAUUAUCAUCAAUUACAAUAAACUUAUUGGCAAUAUUUUUAAGUAAAAGUUUAACAAAGAAAAUACCAAAAUCAUUUAAAUAUCGUAUAUUAUAUCUAUCAUUUAUGUUGGCAAUGAUUGUAUUAAUACCAACAUAUUGUGGUUCAUAUUAUUCAUCAUUAGCUAUUGUACAAUAUCAAAAACCAAUUGAAACAAUUAAUCAAUUGAUUAAAAUUGCUCAAAAUAAUGAUGAUAAUAGUUAUAAUAUAAUAACAUUACAAUUUAGUUCAUAUUUAGAAUUAUUUAUUGAUGCUGAUCCAAAUUCCGGUUCGACAUUUAUAAUCGGUCAACAUAUGAAUCGAACUCAUUCAAAAAUGGCCAAAAAUAUUGAACAAGGAAUCCAAAUAGUACAGAAUAAUUCGAAUGAAAAAAAUUUCAUUUAUAUUGAUUUAAGAAUGCCAUUAGAAAUAUCAAGAAAAUUAUUUGCCGAAAUACCAUUAUACAUUAGUAAUGAUAGAUUUGGUUCAAAUUUGAUUGCAUUUGCAUUUCCAAAACAAUCGCCAUUAUAUCGUUCGUUUGAUUUUUAUAUAAAAAUUUCCUAUGAAAUCGGUCUACAUGAACAUUGGUAUCGACAAAUUUUUCGCAAUAUUCCAGCUAAAAAUCAACAAGUAUAUGAUUUUAUCCGAUCAUAUGGUAAUGGUGAUCAAAGUUUAUGGAAUUAUUUACAACAAAUAUGUCAUAAAGAAGAUUUAUUCGAAUUACAAAUGAUGAAAAUUAUUCUUAUUGAAAAUAUUCAUACGAUGAACGAUUCUAUCGAUAUGAAUAAUCGUUUACGUAAUCGAUUAGAAUAUGAUUUUGAUUGUCCAUUCGAUUUGUUCGUUAUUGAUAAAAAACCAGAAAAUUUUUAUACAAAUUUCCGUGAAAAAACGAAUUAUCGUGAUCUUAAUUUAUUAAUAAUUUUUGAUCUUCCGGAUACAAUAACCGAAAAUGAAAUCGAAUCAUAUCUUAACAGUUCAAUAAAAAUUUUACAAAUAUUCUAUGAUCAAUGUUAUAGUUGUGAACCAUAUAUGUUGGCUUUUAUAACUGAUAAUCAACAAUUUAAUCUAACAAAUUGUUUAUAUCAAUCAUUAUCUAAAUCAAUCCGAAGAUUGGAUAGAAAUUUUCGUCUAAAAAUUAUUGCUGGCAAUCGUAAUCCGAAAACAAUGACAACAACUAUUCAUUUACGACCAGUUUUUGAUGGUUGUCGAAUGACAAAUUCUGUUUAUAUACCACAAAAUGAUGAAGAUUUUUUACGAAUUAAAACAUCAUAUUUAAAAUGUAAUCUUAAAAAACAAUCAUUAAAUGUUGUCGUCAAUAAUUUUAAUCCACUUUGUAAUUUAAUUAAAUAUCCUUAUCUUCAUUUAUCAUCCACAUCAAUUGAUCGAUAUUUUAUUGAUCUUUUAGCUGUACGAAUGAAUUUUACCUAUAAUUUUAUUGAUGGUAAACAAAAUUGGGGACAUUUAAUCGGUCCAAAUCAAUGGACAGGAUCAAUUGGUCAUAUUAUUAAUGGUACUGCCGAUAUUGGUAUAUGUGGAAUAUCGAUUUCCUAUGCAAGAGCAAUGGCCAUUCAUUUUACAAUGAUUACAUUGAAUGAUGAAUUAGGAUUUAUAACACAAUUUCCUGCAGAAAAACCACGAAUGUGGCUUUUUAUCAAACCAUUUGAAAUGAUAUUAUGGUUAACAAUUUUAUUAUCAUUUUUCACAAUUCUUAUUGUACUUUAUUUGACAAAAAAAUUUGCCGAUUUAACAAAACAAAAAAUUCAAUCAUUUUCAACAAUAUCAAUGAAUCUUUAUGCAAUUUUAUUGGGAAAAAGUAUUGAUACAGCUUCUAUUGUGGAACAAAAUCGUAUUCGUAUUAUUUUUUUAUCAUUAAUAUUAACAAUGAUUGUUUUAUCACCAGCAUAUUGUGCAUCAUUUUAUUCAAUAUUAACAAUACCGGAAUAUGAACGGCCAAUGGAUACAACCAAUGAUAUAUUAAAAGCAGCACAAGAUGAUUAUUUUAAAAUUAUUUGUUUAAAAUUUAGUUCAUAUUAUGAUACGUUUGUUGAUUCACCUAAAGAUUUAACAACAUUAUAUAUGAUUGGUCAACAUUUAAAACGAAGUAAAGAAAAAAUGACCGAAAGUAUUGAAGAAGGUAUCGAUAUUGUACAAAAUGAUCCCAAUGGUCGUUAUAUUUAUAUUGAUUCCAAAUUAACAUUAUUAUUAUCGAAAUUAAUUGCCAAAAAACCAUUACAUGUUGGACAGGGUUCAUUUGGUAUUGAUUUUAUAUCGGUUGCACUUGCAAAACAUUCACCAUUUGGUAAUGUUAUUGAUCAUUAUGUACAAAUAUUAUAUGAAUCAAAUUUAAGUCAAGCAUGGUUCUAUAAAAUUGUAAUGGAAAUUGAAAAAUAUCAUUCAUUAUUGGAAUUAUCAUCAUCAAAAACAUUGGUUGAUAAUGGUGUAAAAUUAAUACAUGUAUAUUCAAUAUUUAUAUUAUUUUUCAUUGGAAAUUUAUGUUCGAUAUUCGUAUUUUUGGCGGAAAUUUCUUAUAGAAAAAUUAUUUCAAUUAAAACAUCUUGGCAACAUUUUUAAAUGAUGACUUAAAUUCAAAACGAAUUGUCACUUGAUUGAAACCAACGAUAUAUAUAUAGCCAACUAUUUCUGGAACAAUCUAUACACGAAAACACACGCCGUAUGUAUAUAUUGAUCAAACAAUAAUGCCACAUUUGUGACCGAGCAUUCGUAUUCGAUCUUUUUUUUUAUUAUUUUGUUUUGUUUGUGUAACCGAAUUAUUUAUUACUGCACAAUCGUGAUGUCAUUUUUUUUCUCGUGUAUCGUCAUUCGAUUAUUACUGGGCAUCCCAAUCAAGCUAUAGCCUACUAAAUCCAUCCACGUUUUCAAAGUUGAUCGAAUAGCUGUGGAAACAGAAAUAAAAGGAAAAAAAUCAAACAUGGACAAAUCAUCAUUAUUACCAA